GCGGCUUAUGGUAGAGAAAUGAACAUUAAAUUCUCUGGCAACAGCCCUGGUGGACAUUCCUGGAGUCAGUAUGCCAAUUGCAUGCUCACUAACAGGGAUGUACACACAUUUGUGCACAGCAUUUUAGAAAAGUAACCGUUUUGUGCAUAUGAAACAUUUCUGGGAUCUUUUAUUUCAGCUCAUGAAAGAUGGGACACUUUACAUGUUGCGUUUAUAUUUUUGUUCAAAUGGCAUUCCCACAGCCUCGGACCUCGGACCUCACAACACAUAACCUUGCCCUUAACCCCCACAUACUACACAGGCAUGCACGCAAGCAUCCUGGCACCCAAACAUAGACAAACACAUGCACACUUUUCAAAACCCAUCCAAUUGGUCAUGAUGAAAACUGUACAGAUGUAGGAUCUUAGUUUGAGCCGGUUUGCUACAGCAAGAAAUGUGGAUUAUAAUGAAUGAGCAUAUUUUUAGGGGGUUGGUACAUUGAUACAAGGGAAAAUCAAGUUUGACAUUUCAAAUAGGAAAUUACAAUCUUCAGAAGCCUUUUUAAACCUCAAAUACACUACGAGUUUUACAUUUACUGCAUUGCAGGAAAGUUAUCCUGCAACAGGGGGAUUAAAUGAUGAUCCUACAUCUGUACAGACAUAAUGCAUGAGGCACAUGGGACAAGCUUAUGAGGACUUAUGUGCUUAUAGGAUCUCUGUGUUGAAUCCAUACAGUCAAGAGAUCCUGGGUUUGUACAGCCAUUGCACGUAACAUGCUGUCUGUCUGUGUCAGCCAUCCGGAGACCUCGGCCGUUUGGAUGCCUAUUGGCCCUGCAGUCUUCUUCACAACCCUCAGCUGCUCCCAGGUCAAGGCUGCUGCUUGUGUGGAAUGUUUGUUGUUCGCUCCUCCCACCAUAUCUGUCCCUUCAUAUUUGAGAGUCAUUCAAUACCUCCGCCAUCAAGGUCUCGCCAUGCUGACAGAUAGCCCCCACGCCCCGCAUUGUGUGCAGAUUACUAGCAGUUAGGGAAGAACGCAUCUCACAGGUGCACCGUCCAGUUCAAUGUGCUACCUAUCAACCCCACCCCCAAACGAGUGACUAUUUCAAAGUCACCAUUGGGCAUGGUCAAAUUUAGCGCCCCUCAACAAAUGUAACAAUGAGCCCCGGGAAUUAGGUUACAACAACCUAGCCAUGUCCCCUGGGACACCGUCCCCGCACCUGCCUCGGCCAGGGGACAGGCAACAUAUUUGCCAGAAUGCGGCAGGGGGACUCUGGCAAAUAUGAAUUUAACACCCUUCGUAACCGCCCACCUCAAAGUGACAUGAGCGGAGCAUCCCAGCAAUGGAACGUUAAUUCUCUCUCCCUGCUUGUAGCACACAGGGGGACGAAGGGUGUUAAUGACUAGAUUGAUAUCACAGAUAGAACAAUGAGCUAGUUAUACAAAUCUUUGGUGAUAUCUCCUUACGAAACAAAUAUCCGUAAAAAAGCAAAGAAGACAGAACACUGUCUGCUUGGACUUGGCCACUGUGUCUCAGCGUCAUUUCAGAAAGUCAGGGGACUAUUUCAGGCUGUGCGUCUCUCUGAAGAGGACCUUACCUGAGCUCUGUGGGCGGCUGAGUGUGAGUUCAGCUGCUCUUUCACUGUCUAUUGAGUUUCAACUAACAGAGUGUCGUGGUUACACCUAUCAAGGAGGGUUUACAGAGGGAUCGGGGAAAAGAGGGUAGUCAGAUUAACGGCGGAUUAAGAGGGCUUCCCGACCUUGGCUUUUUUUCUUUGAGUUACCGAUGUAAUAAAAAGAGAUUCCCAGCAGGCCAGUAACACAAGCUUGAGCCUUUCUGUUGAGGUGAUACUAAGCACUUCUUUCCUUGCCUGAACACAGGACCUGGCUUUGGACAAUGUUAGAGGUUUAGACAGAGAUUUUUUCUGUGGUUUGAUGCUGACAGAAAAGCACUUGCCGGGUGUUGAUUUAUGGACAAUAAAAUAUUCACACGACAAGUUUAGCUACCUGAUAUGCCAUACAGCAGCCACAGCAGUCUGACACAGAAUCAAUCAGAGAACACGUGGAUGGCUUGAGGUCUCUCUGUGCACUGGAAAGGAAGAGUGAGUAAGUGAGCUAGGGAGUGAAUAGUGGAGUCAGUGAGCGAGCACUCGUUGUCCCUCCUCGGGGACAGCAAAUUUCCACCAGCACAACCCAACAACUUCUGUUCAAAGACCCCGAGAGCUAGUGGCUGCUGUCUAUUUUCUCCCUCUCCUUCUCAUUUCGAUCUAUCCCACUGCACUUGGAGGGGCAAUAAAUAGCCACAGGUUCGCUGAGUGUGGAGCUGCUAUCUAAUCAAAGCUUAAUUCAACACUGCCGCGAAACAAUUUAUCCGACAAAGUACUUGGCGAUAGAAUACAACCUCAGACACUCCCUCACUCUCUCUCUCAAGCUCAACGAGGAAGUGAAAAGAGUGUGUGGCCUGGAGGGUCAGGUCUGCACCCAGAGGAGAGGGCGAGGCGUGGAGCAGCCAGAGAGGGUGUGAAGUGGGGUGGACGAGUGUGUCUCCUUGUCGUCCAUCUAGGGGGGAGCAGAGGCUUCUCCAGCCUGUCUGCAGCUCACCACACUAAAAUAACCCAACACCCACAAGAGGGAGGCUGUUGCCCAGCGGGUGUGAGGAUUGGACACACUUCAAGGGCAGAGGAGCCCACCGCCAGACUGAUAGAUUGGAGUGUAAGAGCACACUACAGGAGAGUGGACUGAGGGGAGUUUACUUGCCAAGCAAGAUCCCGUUUGCACCAUGCCUCUGAGAGACUCAGUCACCCUGCUGCUCUGGAGUUGCUGUGUACUAAUGCUCAUCCACCAAUGCAAGGCUCAAGCUCUAAACUGUACGUGUAAUGUGACCAAUAGUCGGUGUGACGAGAAUGCGGUGUGCAGGUGUGACCCGGGUUGGGAGGGGCAGCAGUGCAACGUCUGUGCGAGAAUGCCAGGCUGUGUCCAUGGAUCAUGUCAUCAACCCUGGCAAUGCACCUGCGAGCCUGGAUGGGCAGGGCGCUUCUGCGACAAAGAUAUCCAUGUGUGUACAAAUGAGGCACCUUGUCAGAACGGCGCCACUUGUUACGCCAACGUUUCCGGGGAAUACUCCUGCCUCUGCCCCGAGGGAUUUCACGGGAGGAACUGCGAGCACAAGACAGGACCCUGUCAUAAGACCGGCAGGUCUUCGUGUAAGAAUGGCGGGCAGUGUGAGGACAGUGGCGGUUAUGCUCCAGAGCUCUCAUGCCGCUGCCUGGCAGGCUUCACCGGGCCACGUUGCGAGAACAACAUGGACGACUGCCUGAUGCGCCCCUGUGGUAACGGUGCCACCUGCCUGGAUGGCAUCAACCGCUUCUCCUGCCUCUGUCCCGAGGGCUUCACGGGCCGGUUCUGUACCGUCAACCUGGAUGACUGUGCCAGCCAACCUUGCCUUAAUGGAGGGCGCUGUCUGGACCGUGCCAGCACCUUCCACUGCCUCUGCAAGCCUGGGUUCACUGGCAGGACCUGCGAGGUGCCCUUAAGGAGCCCAGCGAGCCAAGCGCCCAUCAGCAGCUCCCAUGACUGGGCUGGGGGAGGUGGGGGCUGGGGAAGGGUAACUCAGUCCAGGCCAGACCAGGACAUCACGAGGAGGGACAAUAAUAGUGGAGACAGGCUGCUUAAGAUCUCUGUGAAGGAGGUUGUGACCCAGUGGGGGUCGUCUGGCCUGUCAGAGGUGCAGCUCAUCACCCUCCUGGUGCUGGGGGGCAUGACACUUGCCGUGGUGGUGCUCACAGCUGGCCUGGUGCUGAGGGGACAUUGGCAGGACCACUGUGCAAGCUGCAGGUGCGGCCCCACCCCCCACCUGCACCCGCUGAAACACCGAGACCGCCAGCCACCCCCGCAGAGCCACCUAGUCACAGUAGAGCAGGAGUGUAAGAUCAGCUUCCUGCACACACCCACAGCCCCAGAACUGGAGAAGAAGAAACUGAACACUGAGGUGAUUUAGGUUAUGUUUACUACCUCCACAGCCCUGAACACAGGACACAGACUGCUCUCAGCAGAGGUAAAGCCAUGAUUUUAUCCCAGCCCUGCCUCCAUGACUGAUUUUCUUCAGUACUGACAGUCAAAAUACAGACAACAUACCGACCUAGGUAUCGAAAUCUAAAGAGACGCAGGACCAAGAAGGGACCAGUGGGUCUGUUCAAGGGUAAAUGUUAGGAGUGUCAAACACAUUCUCUUAACAAAAGGAGCGUAGUCCUAAUAUUACGGAUUAUUUGUUGACCAGAGGGGUAAAGCGGAGGUACAUCAUGAGAAAUAUACUCAAGUCCUUUGGUUACUUGUCACGGACAACCAAUGUGUAAUUUGUCCGUCCACAAAAUCAGCUGAUUCGAUUUCUUGGCAUGAACUGCAUGUAAGACAGGCCUACUGACAGACAGCUUUGGAAUGCAAGCCGAGACAAUGACCUUGUUAUGUCAACCUAAUUGGUGUACUGGUAUUUGUCACUGCUGUUCUCGUCAUGAUAUUAGGCCAAAAUGUUAGACAUGAAUGAAUCUACCCAUAUUUUUCCAAAUGGGCUCUGACCUCGGAACAAGCUCUGCAGUGAGCCGAAUUCAGACAUGCAGACAAAUGAUUGCCUGAAUUCAUGUUGUUUUAACAGUGUACUUUUUAUACCACAGACUCAAGAUCUGCAACAACUCAACACCUACUUCAUUUAAGUAACUGUCCAGUGUUUCCAGAUUUCUAUGAAAUAUGACCUAUAAUUAAUUACAAUAUGAGUAAAAUAGUUUUCCUUCCAAAAAAGUGUAAUUAUGUAUGUAAAAAAAUCAGCUUUUCUGUGUUGGAAUGGUGUGGGCGUACCCCAUAGAGUUAGAUAGAGGCACGGGCAUUGCCAUUUAGGGCUUUCAACAUUUUAAGGUAGUCAACAGGGUUGUACUUUCUAUGGGUUACGGAAGGAUGACAUGAUUCCAUCCAGGUCAUCAGGAGGGAUCAGCCAAUGAAUUAUACUUAUACCUAUACUAGGUGGCCGUAUGUACCUUUUCAGUUUGUUUGUCAACUCAUUGAAGUAGUAGAAGAAGAAUAUUGACUACUUCAAAAUAAAGAUGGCCUUAAUGGCGCUGCCUGUACGCUCACAGAUGCCAUCAUGGGAUAUACACUGAGUGUACAAAACAUUAGGAACAGGUCUACCGGGUGGUGCACUGGUCUAGGGCACUGCCUUGCAGUGCUAGCUGUGCCACCAGAGUCUCUGGGUUCGCGCCCAGGCUCUGUCGCAGCCGGCCGCGGCAGGGAGGUCCGUGGGGCGACGCACAAUUGGCCUAGCGUCGUCCGGGUUAGGGAGG